GGGCACACUCAUAUUGCUGAAAACAACUAUGAACCUGCUGUUUUUCUUUUUCUUCCUGGGAGCUUGUUUCUUAGGUCUAACGAAUGCUUUACGUCUCACGCCAGAAGAAAAGCGAUACUACAUGGAAUGCGUGAAGAAUUGCAAAGGUGCCAAAUCUAUAUGCCAUAAAAAGUGUCUCCUUGAGAUAGUCAUGCGAAGGAAGAAUCAUUCUGCAUGAAACGAGCACUUCUCCUCAUUGUCUGUUUCUUCUUGUGAUAAGAUGAAAUAAAGCAUUGUGCAGCGUGUUUGCAGG